AUGGGCUCCUCCAACUUUCGUAUUCUCGCCGCGCCGGCCUCAGACACCUCGGAACUGCCGACGGUCGUGCUGCAGUGCGACUCGAAGAAAUACAUGUUCAAUGCAGGCGAGGGAACGACGCGCCUCUCGGCCCAGCACAAAUCGACCAACACACGCGUAGACCACAUUUUCCUCUCGCGCGUCGCGUCGGAAGCCAUCGGCGGCCUUCCUGGCCUGCUCAUGACGCUCGCGGAUGGCGGCAAAAAGUCGAUCAAUCUUUACGGGCCUAUCAACACGAGGUACGCGGUCGCAUGCACGCGCUUCUACGCAAAGCGCGACUCGAUGCAGGUGAACGUGGAGGACAUCGGCUUCAAGCCCUCCACGACGCCGUGCUUCGCCGACGAGCAUGUUCGCGUGUAUGCCGUGCCGAUCGCGCCAUUCGAGAUCACGAUCGCCGAUGCAUGGGGAACUUCCUCUGAAAAGGAGGAGGACAUGCGCAUCAAGACACCUUCGCGGGUACCCCACGCGCUUCCGCCGGCGCGCAUUUGCCCUAACGACUGUCCUCACGGCGGCGCCGAGUUAGGACGCCAAGCACCGGUCUUCGCCUACAUCUGCGCAGGUACGACUCAGCGCGGCAAGUUUGACGCAAAGCGCGCUGCGGCGCUCGGCAUCUCGCCAGGGCCGGACUUUGCGCGCCUCACGCGCGGCGAGGACGUGCAGAUUCAGCGCCCGGUCGACUGGGCGUCGCUCAGCGACGCCGAGCAGGCCCAGUGGCUCCGCUCGCGCUCAUCCAAGCGCGCGCAAAAGAAGCAGCCGGCCCCCGAUGUGCCGGACUAUAUCCUGGAAGAUGUUACGCUGCGCAGCAGCGACGUGGUCGGCACGGCGCGUGCCGGCGCCGUCUUUUUCUACAUGGUUCUUCCGAACCCCGCGUACAUCGAUGCGCUGUUAGAACCCGAUGUGCAGGCAUCUUUUGCGCCGUAUACCCAGGCUGCCAACAUGGACAAGGCACCCGAGCAGCGUACGACGCCGCAUGCAAUCGUACACGCUGCGCCGCGCUCGGUUAUUGAAGACGAGCGUUACGCAAAGUGGAUGGCCUCGUUUGGGCCGGAUUGCAACCACAUCAUUGCAAACAAGGAGCAGUGUGCAGACCGGCUCAUGUACCCGUCGAGCGCAUGGUCUCUGCUGCGUCUUUCGCGCCUCGACGCAGACAUGUUUUCCGUGCCGGGAUACCAGCUUGUGCCGAGCGAGCCGAUCCGUGGACGCGGCGUGCCGGCCACCGAGGGCAUGGUUGUCCCACUCCAGCCCCGUGCGCCACCGAUGCAACUGCCAGCAACUGCGCCGCCGUUUGACGUGCCGCUUUCCGAAAUGACGCAGCGACUCUCGACGCAUGCGACCGAACAGGCAGCCGAGGCGUGGGCGGCGUACGAGGCUGCUGUACAGCAGGCGCAUCGCGCGCCUAUGGCACAAGAGACUCUACCCGGCGACGAGCUUACCUUUACGACGCUCGGCACAGGCAGCUCGUCGCCUUCGAAGUACCGCAACGUGCUGAGCACGCUCGUGCACAUUCCCGACGUCGGCUAUAUCCUGCUGGAUGCGGGCGAGAGCACCUACUUCCAGCUCGCACGGCGCUUUGGCCCUGGCGAACACGGCUGGUCCGGCGUUGGCAUCGAGCAUGUGCUGCGGAAUUUGCGCAUGAUCUUUGUGAGCCAUAUCCACGGCGACCACCACAUGGGCAUCGUGCGUAUCUUACUCGAGCGGCGCAAGCUGGGUCUCGAUGAGCCGCUGUACUUUUUCUCAAACAACUACACGCGCUUUUAUCUGCUCGAAUACGACCAUCUAGAAAAGCUUGGACUUCGCGACGGUCCGAAUGGAGUGCUGGCGCUCGACAACGAGCUGCUCGACUUUGAGCACGGCCUGGACCCUGAGGCGCCGGACGCCAAAGCAGCCAAGAACGCCGAGGCUCACGCGAUCCUCGCUGCGGCCAAAGCGCGCCUGCGUCUCUCUGCGAUCCGAACCGCGCCAGUCGUACACCGCACGAGCCACUGCUACGGCCUGAUUCUCGAGCACGAGUCUGGCUGGAAGCUGGUCUUUUCGGGCGAUACGAUGCCGUGCGACGCGUUGGUCGCCGCCGGAAAAAAAGCUACGAUCCUCAUUCACGAAGCGACGAUGCAAGACGACGAGGAGGAGCUUGCGCAUGACAAAGGGCACAGCACCAUUGGCCAGGCCGUCCAAGCCGCGAAAAAGAUGCAGGCCAAGCACCUGCUCCUGACCCACUUUUCCCAGCGCUACCCCAAGUUUGCGCGCAUGGGCACGAUUACGAGCGUACUGCCGACCGGCGUCGCGUUUGAUAUGAUGCACAUUACGCAGGCGCAGAUCCGGCGCGGCAAAGAGCAGCUCCCGGCACUCGAGGCGCUCUUUGCCGCCGAGCACGAAGACGACGAUAGCGACGCCGAGAGCACGGCGCCAGCGGACGCCGCGCCCGAGCCUGUGCCGCCCGCCAAGCGCAGCCGCGCUCAAGAUACGUCGCCCCACGCCUUCCGGCACAAUGAAAAGGAGUUUGCAUGGCGCUAUGUCGUGCUGAGCUUCGCAUCCAUCGGACAAAAAACACAGGCCCAGCCCCCGUCGGAGCUAUCCGUGCAGCAAGGUAUUGCGCAGGCGCUGCAGACGAUGCACGGCGUUGUCGGCUCUGCGUUCGCAGUGGACGUGCUCUACGUCGGCCCCCCACUCGGCGCCGGCGCGCACGUUGCCGAGGCGGUGGUGCGUGUGCCGUCGGAGCACGUCGACACGCUCCUCUCGACGCUCUCGGCGUUGGACCCCGUGUCGCUCGCGACACUCACUGCGCGCCAGCCGCUUCGUGUAGGCGUGCAGAGCGUGUCGCACAAUCCUGCGAUGCUCACGAGUAAUGCGCGCGCGUGGAUGGCCCAACUUUCAUAG